UGGACUUCCUGUGUUGCAGCGUGAAAUCAAUAAAAGUGCAGAGUGAAGGAGGAAGAGGAGAAGAAACGGAGCAGAGAAGGGGGGAAACAGAGGAGGAAGAGCUUGAUGGGUUUCUCUGCCUCGCCACGUCACCAAUAGAAGAAGAGGAAGAAGAAGAAGCCACAGUCUGCGGCUCACAAACAUCUCCGCCCUCCACUGAAGUCAAUGAGCUCUCCAAGAAGCAGGGCCAACAUGGUGCACGUGUACAACUGUCAUCCCUACGCCUCGCAGCAGAUAGUGCAGGUGGAGCAGGAGCCCGGGUUGGUCUGCUGUGGAGGUGGAGCUCUGUUCGUGGUGGCUUCUGGAGGAUGCAAGGUGGAGGCGUACAGUGUGGAGCAGGAGGGCUGCCCGCUCAUCUGCCGCUUCUCCACCAUGGGCACAGUGAGGAGCAUCCAGCACAGCAAGACAGGGGACUACCUGGUGACCAUUGAGGAGAAGAACAGCGCCACCUAUCUGAGAGCCUACACCAACUGGAGAUACCAGGCCGAGGGGAAAGCCCGUGUCGGGGUGCGUUUGCUGGGCCACCUGCUGCGGGGGGCGUCUGUGCGGGGCGGAGUGCAGAUGGAGAUCAUUGAGAUCCCCCUGUCGGAGCAUCCUGUGGCUGUGGCGUGUUGCUCGGUCACCGGGGACCUACUGGUCGGCUGCGAGAAAACCCUGGUUCUGUUCACGUUGAGGAGACCGAACCAGCAGAGCCUGCAGAGUCAGAGUCCCUGGCCGAACACUCAGCAGAGCUCCAGUCAGAGUCAAGGUCAAACCUCAAGCUCAAACCAAAAUGUUUCCAUCCUGGACUUUGAACGCUCCGUCAUCGUGCACCUUCCGAAAAUGUCCCUUAAACAGGUGGCGCUGUGUGGAGGAUAUGUUGCAGUGCAGGCGGAGCUGGAGGUGCUCGUACUGAAACUGGAAGCAUCUUCUGAACCUCAAACCCCGGACGACUCCUCGGACACAAAUACAUGUGACGAUCCUCUGGAGGACCAGUCCGACCUCCUGCUCAUUCCGAGGCAGCAGGAGUUGCUGGGUGAUCGAGCUAAAGACUGUGACAUCCCUGUCAGCAUUGAGAAGACGGGGCUGGAGGACAAAGGACAGUACACGCUGUCAUAUGUUCUUUUCAGGCGUUUUACUCCAGAGUUUUUCCAGGGCUGCAGUGUGGAGGAGACGCAGCUCCACUCCCUGCAGCUCUACCCGCUGUACACCAGUAGCCAGUCAGCGUCCACAGAGGAACCAGCGUGUGUGUUCUGCUUCUUCUCGCUCCCCAACGCCGGCUACCUGUACAGUCUGAAGGGCGGAGUCGAGCUGCUCUCAGCCUAUCAGUAUCCAGAGAAGGUCCUGGAGGCGGUGCUAACAGACCACCUGCUGCAUGUCAUUACCAAGAAUGCGUUGCAGUGUUUCACAGUGCGCUGUGCGGCCGUAGCAGCCAGGAUGGAAGACCCCUACAUCGAUACCACCAUGAAGGCCUGUCCGCCCUGCAGCCUGGAGGUGUGCGCCCUCCGGAUGCAGCUGUUUAUCGGCCUGCGCUCAGUGUGUGUCUACGGCCGCCACGUCAUCCUGCUCUCUGCCGCCGACAUGGAGACGCCAGACGAGAGCGAACGCAGCACACAGCGCCGCGAGUUGAAAAAACACACCACGCUGACUGGUAUUUUCCUGGCGGUGGGAAUCGACCCCGCAACCACGCCGGCUCUGGAGAGCUUUCUGUCACGCCCCUUCCUGAGCAGGAAGUGGACGAUCUCCUCUCCUAAAGAAACCAGCGCAGCCGGACAUGGAUGGAACCUGUACGUGGUCGACACCGUCUCGCCCCUCGUGCUCUACCGAGAGAUGGUGGAGUACAGCCGACACUAUUCGGAGACCAACCCACAGGCCCAAAGCCUCCGACACCUCCUCAGUGAGGCUCACCUCCUCCUCUGCGCCUCCUCACUGCAGCAGAGCAGCGAGGGCAACCACACGGUGUCUCUGCAGAAAGAUGCAGACAAACAGACGGAGGGACAGACAGAGGGACAGACGGAGGGACAGACAGAGAGACAAGAAGUGCAGGAGGCUCUGAGGCAGAACUGUGCACAGCUGGGAGACUGUUACAGCAGGGCGAGCCAGAAGGACUGUCACCAGGCUCUGCCGUACUACAGGAUGUCCGGACUGUCAGUCACAGAGGUCCUCGUCAGGAACCGCCCACUUCCCAGCAGCCCUCACUCCUAUGGCCUCGGCUUCCUGUUUUACCUGAAACAUUUCCUCUUCGAGGAAACGGAGCAGAGCCUCAGUCAGGAAUCAGCCGAUGAGGUCAUAGACAUUUUCAGCCAAUCAGAUCCCUCAGAGAUCAUCAGCGUGUGUGCCAGCCCGUCCAUGACCAACAUCAGUCCCGCCCGGACGCUGCGAAUUUUCCAACAUCUGGAGGCCACGGCUGGCGUGUCGGUCCCACUGACCAUCACCAUGGCAACCAUGAUGCUGCGUCUAGACGACCUGCCACAGUACACACAGCUGAUGGACAGACAUCCCGAGAUGCUGCUGGUGUAUGGUUUCAUCGACGAGCCGAGGCUCCUGCUUCACGGUGGAGGCGGCGGCCCGCACACACGCGUUCGUCCCACAUCGCUGACUCGCCAGCUGUCAAAGUCCCAGCCAGGACUGCUGGUAGCCGGCAUGGUGGCUCUGCAUGAGAACAACAAGGCUCAGCUGGAACAGGCUGAUCACAUAUUCAAGGAGCUGGGCUGUGAGAAUUGCUUACUGGUGGAUUUCUGGGAGGCGACGCUCAUGGCCUCUUCACAGGAAGUUGUCAUCCAGGAGCUUCUGUUCAGACUGGCUUCUGUCUACAUCGAGCGGCUGACGCACACAAACUCAGGCGCACACUCCAGCCUUCCUCGCACUCGUCCACAACGCAGGCCGCUGAAGAGCGCUGACGAUCUGAUCAACUCCAGCUCCCAUUACGGCUCCUUGUACCCGUGGCUCACUGUUCUGUGUCCAGCUCACACUACCAACUUCCAGCACCAGGAGGCGUUACACAAACUGCAGUCUCUCCUGUGUGGUCCGUCCAUGUCCAUUGGUUCUGUCCUCCCUCUGUUGGAGCGUCUGUCGGAGGAAACCCUGUGGGGCUUCAGCCUGCACCUCCUCUGCGCGACCAGAAGGGGGCAGUUUGACAGCAGCAUAGAGAAGUUGCUGGACCGAUGUCCUCAGGCCAUUAUCGCCUUCGCUAACCACCAUCUGCAGGACAGACACAUGGCGUUGUGGUGGCAGAAGCUGCUCCCGGAGCUGUGUGAUCGCACGAGAGCUGCAGCGGACAACAGCAUCCUACUGGCUGCUCUCAAAGAAACACUGGUGGUGGUUGCCACGGAGACCAGCCCAGCACAGUUCCUGGAACUCAUACCUGACGACGGCACGGCAUCGUACUUCCUGCCUCACCUGUUGACAUGUAGCCAGAGACACCUGCUUGCCUGAGACACGCUGACACGCACGAUAACACAAAGACAAAUGUGUCACCGCUGGUGGCAGAAGGUUAACGUUCCACUCAGGAUCGGGAACGGUCGUCGUUGAAGAUGAUUCAUCACUGAAAGAAAAAUCCUGAUUCUAUAAUAGGAGCACAAUGACCAGCCCUUUGGGUGGAUUAGCCAAACAAACACAGUGAUUAAAACUUCAAUGACAGUAAUUCACAAACCAUGACAGUAUAUUUAUAUUAUAUCAUCAUUGUGUCAGUAUUAAAAUUAAAGUAGUUAGGAAACAUCAAGAUGACUGUAAAACCACACUUUGAAUAAAGAUGGACGACACGCCACCACUUCCUCUGGUUUUACAAACAAGAAGCAAUAUAUAUCCCAGAUGCGGGGGCAGCCAUCUUGCGAGAAGGCCGGGUUUAUGACCUUUACUUCAAUCAGUCAUCAGGGGAUGAUUGGCAUCACUUGUGCGGAGCCAUCAUUAUUAUCUAUGAUCUGAACCAAACCCUCUGACUCAGGCUUUGUUGGUUGACAAUGAGAUAAAAACACAAACUGUACCGUCAGUGAAAACAUUCCAUGUUACUACGCCCAAGACAAAAAAACUGAUCAGCAAAACCAGGAAGUAGUUGAGUAUUUUCUACUGUGGUGAUUUGUCCUGCAAGUGUUCUUCUGUGUCAUUGUUUGCAGAGAUCUGUGUUAAAUAUUUUAGAGCUUCAUGUUUUGUUGUAUUAUUUAUAUUUGCAAGGAACUAACCUUGAAAUAUUCUAUAUCAUGACAUAGUUUCACCAUUUCACCCAAAAGUUAUUUCAUUUAAAUAAAAAUACAAAUUCCUUAUUCCUUUUCCUCCCCACAACAAAAAUCUGAAUAUCCAUGCUUCUUAUUUAAAGUCAGUAAAGAACAAAUGUAAACUGUAUCUCACACGUUGUUAACCUGAGUUGCAUGAAGUGUCUGAUAAUACAAUCACUCCUGCAGGAUAAAGGAAUGUUGUGCUGCUGCUUCAGUUGACUGACAUUGUUUACAGAU